CCAGUUCAGCUCUGCAGCAACUGCAUGCUGCGACCUUUGGCUGUGAGACAACGUAAAAAUCUAACGGGUAUAAAUACGCGUUCAAUAGACAACUUAGAUAUUAUCAAACUUUAACCGUUGUGGUGUAAACAGCUCAAGCAUCAACUACAAAAAAUGAAAUUCUUCGUUGCUGUCUCCUUCGCCUUAUUGGCAUUCGCUGCUGCUGAUGUCUCACAUCUCGGUGGUGGUGGUGGCUACAACUACCCUGCUCCCAUCCAUGAGGAAGUGAGAUCUGAACCAAUUGUACCACAAAACACCUACAUCCCACCCGCACCACCAGCACCAGCACCAGCUCAGGGCUACAACUACCCAGCACCAGUGCACGAGGCUGUGCAAUCGGAACCAAUUGUCCCCCAAAACACCUACAUCCCUCCUCCACCACAGCCACAAAACACCUACAUCCCACCCGCACCAGUACAGGAAGCUGUUCUCUCCGAACCCAUCGCACCACAAAACACCUACAUCCCCCCUCCAGCACAGCCACAGAACACCUACAUUCCACCUGCACCAGUUCAGGAGGCAGUUCUCUCGCAGCCAAUUGCUCAACCACAAAACACCUAUCUUCCUCCUUCAUCCUCCCAUGGUCAAGACGGUUACCGUUACAAGACCGUUCGUCGUGUUGUCUACAGACGCCGUUUCUAGAUGAAUCCACAACUGUUGAUUGUUUAUUAUUGUUAUUAGUUAAUGUUGUUAAUGAAGAAUGUACCUGAGUUAUGCUUGAGUUGAAAAUAUAAAAAUUUAAAAUUCAA